AUCUCGCAGGCUGUUUGUCCAUCGUAAUCCAUCAAGCUCACCAUUUCUUUUAUCUCUCUACCUCUUCAUUUUAGGUCGUACGUACUCGUACUCGUUCGCUAGGGACCACAUACCCUAAAAUCACUAUCGCUUAGCUGUAUCCAGCUGUAGGCGAAGACCCCCCUGGUCGCCAAAGUGCGCUCGUGGAGUCCGUAGUGACUGGUGACACGGCGGCAAGGGAAUUGAAAAAUUCUACCUUUGGGAAGGCAACGCGAGCUCCACUUAUUGUCGCUUCUGUCGCUGGAUACUCCAGUAAAAACGACCUUUUUGGGACACCGUGGUAUUUUCAAAACACGCCAGUGUGAUAAGCUUAUUGUGAAGAAUAUCGAAGUUUUCCUCUUUCUUUUUCCAACUGAAUCUAUACGACCGAAGCAGACAUGUCCUCUGCUGUAGCAGAACUGGAUAACUAUCUCCAGUCUAUGCUGGCCCUUAAACCCCCUGGAGUCUCCGGAUCGAAAAUUAACAGUAUCACUUCACUCUGCACCGCCAACGUUCAGAACGAAUCUGUUCUAAUCCAGAAAAUCUAUACGCAUUUCAAGAAGGCCCCGGGAACACACAAGUUGGGCGUACUCUAUGUCGUAGACUCUGUAACUCGACAAUGGGUAGAACUUGCGCGCAAGGCAGGCCAGCCGUCCGGUAGUGCUGCUCCUGAUGGAACCUUCGCCGCUGGUGUUAACAGAGUGGCCGAAUUGCUACCCGUCUUGAUGGCUGAUAUCAUAAACAAUGCUCCUGAAGAUCAAAAGGAAAAAAUCAAGAAGCUGGUUGACAUUUGGGAGCGUGGAAACACCUUCCCGGCCCCCAUGCUUGCCUCUUUCAAGGAGAAGUUAAAUGCUUCCGCAUCGCACAACGUCGAAUCGACUACUCCUGAGGGUUCACCUGCGCCAAACUACAUCCCGCUUGGAGGCCUUCAGCAGCAGCCAUCUCAAACAGCAAAUGGCGCAGCCGCUGCAACCCCUGCUCAAUCAACCCCAGAUACGUCUAGUAUCUUGAAAGCUCUGGCAGACAUGGCCAAGCAGAACACCGCUGCCCCUGCAGUGCCAGGUACAAUGGCUCAAACCAACCCCCUUAAUGUAUUGAACACACAAAGUACAGUGUCACAGCCCGUGUCGUCGUCCGUAGACCAGGCUUCUCAGCCGCCGAGUGGACAGACUGGCGUAAACCCUUAUGCUGGAGCGAUGGCGACGCCGUUUGCGGCCUUGAGUAAUUUGACCCAGAAUCCGGCUUUGGUUCAGCCUCAGAGUCAGAGCCAUACUCCAACCCCUUUGGCUGCUCCACAGAACCCGUUAGCAGCGCUACUACCGCAGACAACUGCCGCUCCAGUCCAACCUGCACCUGCUUUGGCGCCCGAUGCAUUGCAGCAGCAGCUUCAGCUCCUACAGCUGCUGGCUGCCCAAGGAAUCCCCCAGGAGCAGUGGGCUACGGCACUGCAAAUUCUUAGUCUAUCGAACGCUACCAACAUGGCCAACAUGGGUGCCGCCGGAUAUAACAACCUGCCGGGCCAGAACGUGAACGCCUGGGGCCGUCCGGACCCUCAGUCACGUGAUACAGACCGCGACAGGGAUUACAUGCGUUCCCCCCCUGGCCAAUAUCGCCGUCGUUCCCGUUCUCCCGGCUGGGACAGACGUCGCGAUCUGUCUCCUCCUCGUCGUCGCGAUAGCCCUGUAUAUGGAGAAUACCACGGCGAUUCCCCCGGCCGCAGAGGUGAUCCUCGCGACGCCCGCGGCCGACGGGGCAAUGACUAUCGCCAACGCAGUCCCCCCUCGCGAAGGCGCCGUACUCCCAGCCCCCCUCGUAAAGAUCCCACUCUUCCUCCUCCCGGUCCUAAAAAUGUUGAAUGGGAUUAUUCUAUCGGACAGGGAAACAUCAAAGUUCUGAGCAGAACCCUAUUUGUUGGUGGUGUCACGUCAUCUGAGGCUCAUUUACGGUCGCUAUUUAGCAAGUUCGGUGUCGUCCAGACUUGCAUUGUCAACAUCGACAAACGGCACGCUUUUAUCAAAAUGAUCAGCCGCAGAGAUGCUGUAAAUGCAAGGGAAGGAAUGGAGUCUCACAGGUCCGGAGACAUGCAGCUUAGAACCCGAUGGGGCGUUGGUUUCGGCCCUCGUGAUUGCAGCGACUAUCAAACAGGAAUCAGUGUUAUUCCAAUCGAGAGAUUGACUGAGGCGGAUCGUAAAUGGAUGCUUACUGCUGAGUACGGUGGGACUGGUGGGAGACCCAUUGAAAGUGGGAUGGUUGUCGAAGAGCCAGAUAUUGAGAUCGGUGCCGGGGUCUCGUCGAAAGCUAUUAGCAGACGGAUUGCAACUGAUACUGGCGGCAAACGUGGUCCAGUGUCUUCUCGUUCACAGCAGGACCGCUUCCGCCGCCCAGAACGAGAAAGCCAUCCUCAAGGCGCAGCCUCUGGCGGUUUUGGUGGCCAGACUGACCGUGACGCUUCCAAUGUUAAUAAUGUUGGUGUCCCACCGGCAGUUCCUGGCUUUGGAUUCACAUUUCCCGGAAUGCCCAUGUUCCCUCCAGGCUUCAUGAUGGGAGGAGCCCAGGCAAACACUACGACGCCGUCUCAACCACCGCCUCCUGGUCAAGGCAGUUAAAGCGCUUCUGCCAACUUGGACUGUGAGAAAUUCUGCAGUUCAAGCGCCAAGUAUCUCUCUGAUUCCAUUCGACCUUGUCUUGAUACGAAACCUUUUCGCCAUUUCAACCCUUAGACUUACUUAGGGCAGUCUCCGGUGGCAGGCUGAUCUGUUUGUUUCUUUUGGCAAACAUUCUUGCUGACUUACGGCUUCCAUCUGGGCUCUCUCAUCGCCUGCGCUUUACUCAUCACCUUUACUUCGGAUACUUCAUGUUCUUCACGGGUCGGAUGACCCUCAGUCAAGGCUAGUAGCAAGAUUGUUGCCUUUGCAAAGUCCAUGCGAUGAUUGCGUUUGGGCUAGUUCUUUUGUCGUAUUUCCAGAGCAGUUCUUGUUGUGCCCAUGUUCUGUUCUUCUCACCAUCUGCUCUACCGGCGUUCCUGGGCGGCUUUUUCUUUUUCUUUUUUCUUCUCCCUGUAUUCUUCCCAAAACUGUUUUUCUUUGUCUUCCCAGUCGAAAAAAAAAAGAAAGAAAGAAAAAAGCCAUGGACAGCCAGCCUUCCUAACAGGCUGUAAUGUAUCUAAGCUUCCGGUUUUCUUUGAUCCAUCAGUUUCAGCUUCUGUCUUCCUCGUCCAUUUCUGUUUGUUGCUUUUCUCCCUUUUCUGGAUUGUGUUAGCAGUUUCGAUGAAUGGAUGAUCAGGCUCGAUCAAUGCACUCGAAUAUUUCCUGAAUAACAAAGUGUCUCCUAUGUAGCUGCCUAUUUAUCUAUGCUUCAAGCCAAAAUCUUGUCGGCGCUCUCGCCAUCCCCGGUGUGUCUAUCGGUGCCUUUCACAUCCACCUUAAACGAACGAUGGAUGGAGAUACCAUUGCUGUCAGAAAAGGGACCGGUGUUGCCCUUCUGGACGCUGUGGAGCUGGUAUGAGUGCUGGCUGUGGUCGAGCCGAAAUCUAUUUACGCUCGAGCUGUAUGUCGUUUUCCCAGCAGCACUGUGAGACCGCGAGGAGAAUAACGAUAGUCCUGGCAGGUAUGUCGCAACCGGCCGCUUGAAUCGCAUUGCGCAGGGGCAGAUGAUGGCAAGGUUGAUCUCGACAAUAACCACACGCCCAGGAUGGCUUCGGUAUAGGUUGUGUCGGGCGUCUUGUCGAGGCGGAUGACGUAUGGUAGGCGGGCUAUUGAGCAGAUGAUGGCACUGGAGGGGUAAAUUAGCGGGAAUUUGUAUGGAAUAAAUGAAUGAAUGAUACGACUGAUGCCAGUUAAGAGAGGAAGCGUACCCCGAUCCCAGAGCCAGGAGGCAGCCGACCGUGGCUCUCCGUUUCAGUGAAAAAUGGAGAUUGCGGAUCGUGGGGAUGAGUAGGGCUAUGACGGCCAAGUCAGAUGCGAUAUUCAGGACUGCCUGGGACAGAGCAACAUUCUCCAGACUUAGUGGUCCCCGAUUUGAGGGGAUUACACGGUGCCCCAGUGAUGAUGCAUAAGGCCAGGGUAUAGAUGAAGAUUGCAAUAGCGACAGUCACAACAAAGUAACGGUAGGUGACUGAGGGAUUGAUGCGGUACAAGACAGACAAGAUGGCUAUUUUGGUUAAGGCUGGACAUAUCAAAUAAGGUGUUAGGGAGCAGGGCCUGCUUUGUGCUAGACUAGACUGCUAGAAUUUAUCUUAUAGAGGAGCGGGCGUCUUGCUUUAUUAAACUCCACGAGUUCCGUUAAAGUCACAUUCCACAUGUGCUUUCCCC